AUGGAGCAGUCUAAGAAUUCCUCAGUCACUCUGACCUAUCCUUCUCUCCGAGAAGCACUCUCUGGUGAAUUUAACCCCCAACUUUGGUUGGACCGCCUUGCGUACCGGAGGCAAUUCGCCCCUCCGGAUCCCGUGUUACUUCCGUCAACUCAGCAUAAAUACAACGGACCCACUUUGAGCUAUGUGUGCCGACAAUGUUGUGGCUUGGCCCUCCUUACCUGCGCCCCGGACCAUUCAAAGGUUCUCGUCACCUAUAUUCCCAUGAAGGAGAGUCAUCCUGAAGAACUGCAAAAAUAUCAAUACCCAGCGCCGCAGAUGUGCAACCCGAAGGACAUGGUCUGUCCACCGCUCGAUGGAGCUCCAGUGAUAAAGAUUGUCAUUCAUUGGCCUGGAUACCCAGCAUUCAAUAGCGAGGUGAUAGUGAAUGUGUAUGAUUUGAAUAUGCAAGAUCUUGCGUGCUUCGUUUCGUCAUACGUUGAUCACUAUUUAAAGGAUAUUAUAUCUCGCCAUUCUAACUAUCGUCCCGAUGACACUACCUGGCAAAUCGGGAAGGAAUACAUCCACUCGGGGAACGUCAUUCUGAUGGGAAUACAGCAAUUGUCCGCGUCUAUCUGGACUGUGGAUUUGUGUACAACUUAUGAUGUGUUAUCACAAGAUUAG